AUGGAAGAGGGAAAUCACUCCGUGGUGACUGAGUUCAUUCUCUCAGGACUGACAGAUCAUCCAGAGCUUCAGGUCCCUCUAUUUGUUUUGUUCCUACUGAUUUAUUUUGUCACCCUGGUGGGGAACGGGGGGAUGAUCUUGUUAAUCACGAUUGAACCUCGACUCCACACCCCCAUGUACUUUUUCCUUGGUAAUUUGUCUUUAUGUGAUUUCUGCUAUUCCUCGACAAUUGCCCCGAAGAUGAUGCAGAAUUUCUUAGCGGAGAGGAAAAGCAUUUCGUACACUGCCUGUGCCGUGCAAUUGUAUUUAUCUUUCCUUUUUCAAGAUAUUGAGUGUCUCUUGCUGGCUGUGAUGGCGUAUGACCGUUAUGUGGCCAUCUGUAACCCGCUGCUCUAUACAGUCACCAUGUCCAAGCGGCUUUGUAACCUCCUGCUGGCUGGGGUGUUUGCAGUGGCAUUGAUGGAUUCAACUAUGAGCACCUACUAUAUAUUUCGGCUAUCAUUUUGCCGCUCUAACAUCAUCAAUCAUUUCUUCUGUGACACUCCCCCGCUGCUGGCACUCUCUUGCUCUGACACACACAUCAAUGAGAUUUUGAUGCUUGCCUUUGCAUGCUACGUUGUAGCGAGCAGCAUUGUGACCAUUCUCCUCUCCUAUAUUUGCAUCAUCUCGUCCAUCCUGAGGAUGCGCUCUGCUGAAGGCCGGAGAAAAGCUUUCUCCACCUGCACUUCCCACUUGACUGCUGUGGGCAUUUUUCAUGGAACUCUUCUCUUUAUGUAUUUCCGACCCACCAACAGCUAUUCCAUGGACACAGACAAAAUUGCCUCCGUGUUUUACACGCUGGUGAUCCCCAUGUUGAACCCCCUCAUCUACAGCCUGAGGAACAGGGAGGUGAAAAGCGCUUUGAAGAAAGCAAUGAAUAAACUCCUGACCCAUUCUUAA